CAAUUCCAGAAACAGCCACCAGUUUUGGCACCUCAGCAAGCUCAGAAUCCAUCACGAUUCCAACAACAGCCACCAGUUUUGGUACAUCAGCAAGCUCAGAAUCCAUUACAAUUCCAGAAACACCCACCAGUUUUGGCACCUCAGCAAGCCCAGAAUCCAUUAGGGUUCCAACAACAGCCACCAGUUUUGGUACAUCAGCAAGCCCAGAAUCCAUUACGAUUCCAACAACAGCCACCAGUUUUGGCACCUCAUCAAGCCCAGAACAUAUUUACCUUUCAGAAACCGCCACCAGUUUCGGCACCUCAGCAAGCUCCUCAAAACCCAUAAGGAGCAGGUUAUUUUCAGCCUCAAAAACCUGCAUUUGCACCUGGAAUGCUAGAUCCAGCCAGUACUCAGUCCAAGCAGCUAAUGCAGGCUCCUGUAGCACCUUUGACCUGGCAGUUUCCUCACAUGCCAGAAGAGCCCCAACAGCCAGCAGUACCUUUUCAGCUACAGAUACCCAACCCUCCUGAUAGUGUAGUAGCACAAUGUGUAGAGAACUUUGUGCAUGUGGAGGUUAAAAAGGACUUCUAUGGAACUGGCCACUUGGCAGAUCCCUCAUCCUUUAGUUUAGGAGGUUGUGCAGCUGUAGGGGAAGAUCCUAAUUCUCAUGUGCUUAUCUUUCAAUACGAGCUCCACCCAUGUGGUAGAUCUUUGACGAUGACUGCUGAUGAGUUGGUGUACACCUUCACUCUACUCUACACUCCUGGGGCUCUAGUUGGAACUUCCAUUGUGAGGGCUGAUGCCGCUGCCGUUGCAAUUCACUGUCACUAUCCAAGGUAAGACUUGAUCUUGCAU